AAGUUUCCGGUGCACCAGCUAGGCAUCAUCAUGCCUGCUGCUGUGAUGAUGGAAGAAAAUUUUGAUAAAUUAUUAGAACAGUGUGAGGCUCAAGAGCUCGAGGCUCCAGGGGGCAUCGCAACACCUCAAGUCUACGCUCAGCUGCUGGCUCUUUAUUUACUUCAUAAUGACAUGAAUAACGGCAGGUAUCUCUGGAAAAGGAUUCCCCAAGCAAUAAAAUCGGCGAAUCCUGAAUUAGCAGCUAUAUGGGCAGUCGGCCAACGCAUUUGGCAGCGGGACUUUCCAGGGAUCUAUACAGCCAUCGCAGCCUACCAGUGGUCAGAGAAUAUACUUCCAGUCAUGGAAGCGCUUCGAGAAAGCACACGGCAAAGAGCGUACAGUCUAGUGGCCCAGGCCUACACCUCCAUAACAGCAGAAGACUUUGCUGCCUUUGUGGGAUAUUCAGUGGAGGAAGCAGUAAAGGGUGUAGUGAGCCAGGGCUGGCAGGCAGACCCUGCUACUAGGAUGGUGAUGCCUAAAAAGCCAGAUCCUCCCCCUGUCUCAUUGGUUCCAAAUGAGCAGCAGUUGGCUAGACUCACUGACUACGUGGCUUUCCUUGAGAACUGAUAACCCAUUACAACCACUGCCGCCCUUUAUUUUUUUUUUAUUUUUUGGUUACUCGGUACCAAGGGAGAACACAAGUUUGGAUAGACACUUCCUCCUACUUCCUCCUUGAUACCAAAAACACCCAUCGUCUUGCAUGAACGCUGCAAGCUCUCCUCCAAGACCUGCCUAUUUAUGUUCACUGACUUGUAUAGAUCCCCAUGUUGACAUGCCAGUUUAAACUUUCACAUAUAAAGUUGUAUCCUUUCCUAUUUUCUGAUUUUCCUAACACAAAUCCCUGGAUGUUUGAUUUUGGGUCUGUAUUCAAAGGACAAAAAUAAGUCACCAUGUUUUUAUGCUAACCUAACAAAGCCUCCCAACAAAAUAUAGACACACAAGCUAGUAUGCACAUGAUGUCCAUACUCCUUUAGCACUUGAAAGUUACCUGGAAACACCGUUUUUUGGUAGCUGAAGUCUUGGUAAGCAUGUAUCGGCUCAUGGAUUUCAGUCUCCAGACCUCAUGUUUUGAAGUUGUUGUUUUGACUGCUGAAUAAAUAUUUUGCUGUUUCUAA